CAAGCUCAUCAAUGGCUGAUGGUCUCUCUGAAGAAGCUCUAGGGCAACAAUGGAGAGCCCGCGAGGAUGGAGGAGGCUUCGUUACCUCUCCUUCAAGAAUGCCACCAUCGCCGUUUGCCUUCUCAACCUCGCCGCCGCUGCCGUUCUCCUCCAAUCCUUCUUCUCUUCUUACCACCGGUUCAGAUCCGUCCCUUCCCAUCGCUUCCAGUCCGAUCACCUCAAGUACGUCAUGGAGUCUCUGGAGCUGCGCCGCGCUUUGGAGCCUGUGGAAUUGAUUAAAAGAGUUAGGGAAAUUGAGCAAGAAGUGUUUGCUGAUGAACCAGAGAGUGAGAUGCAGAAGCUUCCAAAGCAAACUACUGCUGUUGAUUUGUCAAAUAGGUUGAAGGAUUUAAGAUCAACAAAUGAUGCUAAUAGCUUGAAAGCUCUCGAGGAAUGGCGAAAGCGAAAAAUGGAACGAGCAAGGCAACGAGAAAUCGAGAAAAAUGGAGCCAUAUAAUUGUUGUGAUCAUGAUCUUCAACAGAUAAGAACAUGUUUGUAUGUAAGACUGUUGUUUGAUUAACUAGUAAAAUAAAUAAGUUUUUAUGUAUGUUGGGAUUAGCCAUCAACUAUUUUAUCA